UAUAAAGGACAGUGAACGUGCGACAACCAUUCCCAGCACUGAGAAAAUGAAGCUUCUCCUCAGUUUGCCCAUACCGGUCAUUGCUAUCCUGCUUUCCUAUGGAGAUCUUACUGUGGAAACUGUAUCACCUGACCCUAUCCAGGACCAUGAAGCAAAGGAGUCUUGUUCUAUUGAGAAGCUGGUGAGAUCCUCAGAGAGUUUGUACAUAGGGAAUGGUGAUGCUCAGAGGGUCCUGCGCCUGGAAUUCCAACUUUCCGAACUAACAAGUAAUCUUUCCUCCUUUGAUUUCCGGACCUUUGACCCAGAAGGCAUCAUCUUUUACGGAGAUGUUGGGAAAGAUAACUGGUUUGUACUUGGGGUUCGGGAUCGUCAUAUAGAGGUCCAGAUGAGUAAUGGAAAUGGACAGAUGGUUCUCUCCAAAUGGGGUCCGGAUGUGAGCGAUGGAAAAUGGAGGAAGGUGACUGUGGAUAGUACCAUCAACACUAUUGAUGUGAGAGUGAAUGGAGAGGUUGUGGUGAUGCUGACUUUUCACGUGAAGAAUGAGCUGGUGACUCCGAGCUCCUCCACACUUGGCAUCAUCCUGGGUGAUCUUCCUGCAAACAGUGAUGUGCAGCUUCUCCGGCCGUUGGUUCCUGCUCUGGAUGGGUGUUUGCAAAACUGGGCUUGGGUGAAAAAGAAUACAGAAGCCCUAGACCAUGCAAUGGAGACGGACGAGAACCGACGCUGCUUUCACAAUGUGGAACCUGGAGCCUUCUUUCCUGCUCAUGGCUAUGCUGUCUUCAAACCAUCUGCAUUUCCAACAAAGGACAAAGAUUCCUGGAGACUGACCCUCCAGCUCUCCUUCCGAGUACUGGAAGAAGGUGGGAUCUUGCUGGGAUUGUAUGGAGCAGGGAGCAUUUCUGCACUGACAAUAACUUUGGAUUUGGAGAAGCGGGCUCUAGAAGUCUCCCUCCUCGGAAAACUAGGCCAUUCAUUAAAGUUUCCCUCCGGCGUAUGUCUCAAAGAGUGGCAAACAGUGAAUGUUGUCAUCCAGUCCGAACAAGUUGUCCUGAGCACCACUGAGGCCUCAUCUUCCAUGGACAUUCUGCUAGCAGACUUCAAGGCUUUGAAAGAUGUUUGGCUGGAUCCCCAUUCUCAAAUUUCUAUCGGAGGAACUUCAGAACAAGCGGAGCCUGGAGCACGUUUCUCGGGGUGCCUGAAGAUAACUCUACAAGGAACGACUGUUGAGCUCGACUCUGCCCAGUACAAACACCCUUAUGUCCACAGCCACAGCUGCCCAUUGGCAAUAUAGGGAAUAAUACGAAAGUCUUCUUUGCAGCCUGUGUGUGUUCUUAUUGUUGGUCAGUAUAAUGACCUCUCCUUUCUAAAUGUUGAAGUUUUAUGAGCUUUAAAAUAGUGUAAUUUGUAAUUUACUUUAUUUUAUUUUUUUUUGCAGUGAAAAGGUUCUACAGGUCUAAUUGUAAAUAAUGGCUUCCAAUCAGUAAAGGAACUAUAGAAACUUUUUACUGGCCCAACUUUGCCACAUUUAGUUCUAGAAAAUAAAUCAAAGUGAUUUUUAGGGGCAAUAACAAAAAAAAAAAAAAAAGACUAUGGUAUUAGAUAAUGUGCAUUACUUCUUAUUAAUAAAGCACAAAUCCUGGCACAAACAUUAUAUACACUGCUCAAAAAAAUAAAGUACAAAAGAAAACAGGGUGCGCGCCCCUGGAUGGAACCUGAUGGAUGAGAUAGUGAAGAGCCCAAUCAAAACACACUCACCUAUAAGAGUUGUGCGAAUGGAGGCACAACACUCAAUGCGCUUGAUCAGGAAUCCUGUAAUCGCAGCUGCUGCGGCUCCCAGCGUCCAGGCGCAAAUAUAGAUAAAAGGAGAUCCAAGAAAGGGAGAUAAAUCGCGCUUUAUCUCCCUUUCUUGGACCUCCUUUUAUCCAAAAAAAUAAAGGGAACACUAAGAUAACACAUCCUAGAUCUGAAUGAAUGAACUAAUCGUAUGAAAUACGUUCGUCUUUACAUAGUUGAAUGUGCUGACAACAAAAUCACACAAAAAUUAUCAAUGGAAAUCAAAUUUAUCAACCCAUGGAGGUCUGGAUAUGG